AUGGGUCUUAGCCCCAUUUUUGGGUUUUACACAGAUUAUCCGCCAAAAGGAAUUAUACCGCUGAAGAUUCGAAGCUUCAUCUGGCGAGCUUGUUUGAAUGCUCCGGUGGUUCGCCAAAAUCUUAAACGAAGACAUGUGGAUCUUGAGGAUGUUUGUGCUCGAUGUGGUUGUGGUGGGGAAUGUCAGGUUAUGGAAGAAUCAAAAUGCUGCAAUUUUUUAGGGGCAUCAUAUGAAUCCACAGGAUAUUGUUCUCACAAAUUGUGGAUUUUGUGGCGGCAAGAGGCGAGUAUACCUCUUAUAAAUGAUCAACCGAGACCUCCAGAGUGGGACCGUAGUGAGUUCCAAGCCUGGCAAAAAUCGGCUGCUAGCUGGAUGAAAUUUAAUUACAAUGGCGCUUGGACACAAGCGCAAAUGAGGGGUGAAGCAGGAUGGGUGGCUCGGGAUAGUAAUGGCUGGAUGGAAAUGGCUGGAGGUGUUGAGGGUUUUUUGGGUCAACCGGCUCUAGCUACGGAAGCGGAAGCAGUACAGGAGGCUAUGGUAGCAGGUUUAGAGGCACGGGUUACUAGGAUGAUGGUGGAGACAGACUAUAAACAGCUUGUUGCAAUGUUGCAGGGUGACAUGAAGAUGAAUACUUCUAUUGAGAGCAUUAUUCAUGAUAUUAAGGUACUGGCUUCUCAUGUGGGCCAGGUAUCUUUUACUUUUGUGAAUCGUAGAUGCAAUGCAGCUGCUCAUCUGGUAGCAGCACAUGUAUCUUAUAAGGAUGGGAAGCUUAAAUGA